CUGCCUGUGUAUACGCACGGAGAGCGCAUGUGUUAUGCACACAAAGAAGUUAAUAAUAAAAAAUCCUCAAUUUGUUCGAAGUUCUGAAGUUUUUUUUUCAAUAUUUCUUGGUUUUAAAAGUUCCAAAAAUCAUAGAAAGUGACAAAAUCGCAGAUCGAGCCGACGAUAAACACGAUAGCGUACCACAUUUUCACUGCAGCAAAAUGUCGAAGUGUCACGUCCCGCGAUGCCGGAGCAGAAAAAUUUUGAAUAGUAGCAAAACCGAAAGCUUUGAAGAAAGCCGGAUAACUUUCCACCGUUUUCCGACCAACAAAUUGUUGAGACGGAAAUGGUUCAACUUUUUCGGAUACAAAAGCUCUUUCGAUACGCGAAACAUAUUUGUUUGCUCGCUUCAUUUUUCGCCGGAUUCUUUUGGGGAUACUGUUUUACCCGACAGUCAGCAAAGAAGACGUCUUCGUACCGGAGCUAUCCCAUGCAUUCGCUCCUCGGAUCUUCCAAAACAUUCCGCUACCGUUUGGAGCGUAUCUAACGUUACCGAAAAACCUGGCGAAGCUGCUACCGGAAUCCAUUCCGAUGUUUCCCACAGCCAAUUUUCGCAUGAAUAUUCGAACGAUUGUUUGGAGUCAACGACUGUUGGGGAGCAAGUUAACGGUUCAGGUUUUGCUGCAUCGGAGAGCUCUGACCCGCUUGAACAUUUUAGCAGUACCAAAGAGCAGAACAAUCGAAGUUUAACGGCAAACGAGAUAACAACAGUGGCAAAAUAUGGCAUACUUUGCCACAAGAGAGAACGUGAGCUGAGAGCCACAAUCGAAGAGUUGCAAAGCAAACUGGAAAGUCGAGAUAAUCAGAUUUCCGAUUUAAGGAAGCAAACAUUUGAGCUUCAGAGAAGGAUCGAUGAGCUCCAGCUUCAGAGAAAGAUUUACUCGCACUAAUGUUCACCGCCAAAUACCAUCAGAAGCACUGACUGCGAGCUAAUAAGCUUACGCUGAAGGAAUUCCAAACCAGGAGGACGAUUUUAUUGAAUAAUUUAUGGCAACAAAACCAUUAACUUUCCAUCAUGUGCCACAAUUGAAUGGAGAAAAUUGACCAUCUGUUGGAAUGUCUGCUAGAAAACACCCUCCCUUUUUUGUGAUAACAGUGAGAAUCAAUAUUAUAGUGAUAGAAUCAACCAUUCUUUAACAAACGCUAUGCAUUACACAAUGUUUUAUAAUAAUAAUCGUAUUUUUUUUUUUACAAUGGAGUGGAAUGUGCUAGCAUGUUGAACACGUCUUAAUUUUAAUCCAAAAUUUCUCUUGUUUCGGAACUAUGUUCCUUUCUAUAAAUAAUUAUAUUUGUCAUUAUAUUACUAUCCAUAAUAUGUUUCGUCAGUUCUUUUUGCCUGUUAAACCCCCAUAAAUACAUCCAGAAAAUUUACAAAAUCAGCCACUGAUCCAGGGGGAAAUUUCUUCAACUGUCCAA